AUGAUGCGGAGGAGACAGCAGAAGACACCAACGAAGCUGCUCAAGCUGCUCAAGUUGGUGCGGCAGGAGACAGCAAUGGAGGGCGAGACAGGAGCCCCGGGAAAUGAUGCGGAGGAGACAGCAGAAGACACCAACGAAGCUGCUCAAGCUGCUCAAGGCAGCACGGCAAACGCUCCUCGAGAGUUUCGUGAGGCUCUUUCAAUAGAUCCUCACAAUGUGCGCACUCUUUCACACUAUGGUACCUUCUUGUACACCGGCUGCGUCGACUAUGAUCGAGCAGCCGAGUGCUUUGAGAAGGCACUUAGAAUCGACGACAGCCAUGUUCUGACGCUUUGCUGUUAUGCGGAUAUGCUAGCUUCACGAAACAAUCCCAACCAUGAUGAUCACAAAGCAGACCAACUCAUCGACAAGGCCAGAUGGUUGGCUUCGAGUGAAUCAGAAAAGCAAAGUGUCAAAUUCGUCAAGAAGAACAUUGCCGAGAGCAGGCGCUACGAAAUCGAAGCAAAAGCAGCUCGGGAGCAAUACAAAAGAAUGAUAGAGGAUCAGUACGCAUCAUAUCUCGCAUCGAAAACUUCGAAAGGGAAGAAAAGCGGGAAGAAGAAGUAA